AUGUACGAGAGAAUGCAAAGGUAUAUCGAGCACUAUGCCGGAGUCCUAGCACAAGUAGCUUUAGCAUCUUUUCAAGAUACCUUAUACGUCGCCGCCCUAUCAGGCUCCAAUCCAGGACUGCCCGCUCAACUUCAGAAUGCCCCCUCUCCUCAAGCACAAAGACAAAGUGGAUAUCAAGGAAACAACUAG